AUGAAGAUUGCAAUAGAAGGUUGUUGUCAUGGUGAAAUUGAAACCAUUUAUAAUUCAUUAGUAAAUAUCGAAAAAGUUACAAAUAGCAAAGUAGAUUUAUUAAUUUGUUGUGGAGAUUAUGAGGCAUUAAGAAAUCAAAACGAUUUGAAAUCAUUGGCUGUUAAACCUAAAUAUAGAACAAUGGGAUCUUUUUACAAAUAUUAUAGCGGCAAAGUUAAAGCACCAAUAUUAACAUUGGUAGUUGGAGGAAAUCAUGAAUCAUCAAAUUAUUUUUCAGAGUUAAACGAUGGUGGAUGGUUAUGUGAAAAUAUUUAUUAUAUGGGCAGAUCAAAUGUAGUUAAUUUUGGUGGGUUAAGAAUUGGUGGUAUUUCAGGUAUAUUUAAAGAAUAUGAUUACCAAAAAGGUUACUUUGAAACCAAGCCAUUUUCAGAAAAUCAUCAAAGAAGUAUUUAUCAUCUUAGAGAAUUUGAUGUGUUCAAAAUGAUGCAGCUUGGUGUACCACGUUUAGAUAUUGUAUUUUCUCAUGAUUGGCCACUUGGUAUCGUCGAUUAUGGAAAUAAAGAGGCAUUGCUUCGUUUUAAAAAGGGAUUAAUAGAGAAUAUUGAAAAUGGUGAAUUAGGUAACCCCGCUACUAUGGCUUUGCUUAAACAUUUAAAACCAAAGUUUUGGUUCUCAGCUCAUUUACACGUCAAGUUUGCAGCACUUUAUCCUCAUGUUAAUGAAAACGAUCAAGAGCUUAUAAAAGCACCAAACAGUGAUACCGAUGACUCUAAUAAUGUUUUAAAUACAAGAUUCCUUGCCUUGGAUAAAGUUUUACCUAAUAGAGAUUUUUUACAAGUUUUACAAUUUGAAGAAAAAGCACCACUCAAACUUUGUUAUGAUCCACAAUGGUUAAUAAUCCAGUCAAAAACUAAACACAUUAAAGAAAAUUAUACUAGUUACAAUCCACAACCAUUAGAUCCAAAUUUAUUUACAAAUUUAUUAACCCCAGAGGAUAUUGAAAAGAUUGAAGGCAGAUUAAUUGAAAUUUAUAAACUAAAAAAUAAUAUAAAUGAUAAUAAUGAGAUAACAAUUCAAGAUGCAUUGGAGAUUAAACAAGAGAAUUAUAUAAAAAAUACAUAUUGCCACGAUCCAGAUAAUUUUAGUCCAUUAACCUAUUUACCCCCAGCAUUUGAAAAUCCACAAGAUAUAGUAUAUCAAAAUUUAUUAAAGGUUAUUUCAAAUGACUCACCAAUAACCCCAGAGAUCGUCAAAGAAUUGGAUGUUAAUACUUAUGCAGGUAAUUUAGAAGAGAUUCAAAAAGAGCAACUAAAAGCCAAUCAAGAGCAAAGACAGGAACAAAGACAAGAAAAAAGACAGCACGAAUUACAGCAACAAUAUAAAGAUGAUGCUGAAAUUUCAUUAGACGAUUAA